AUGUUGCGGAGAAUCUCUACACAGUUCAAGCGGAACAAGGACGGCAAUGGCGACACCGAGCCCAAGGCUGAGAAGCAAAACAAGCGCUUCUCCAAGGUCUCGCCUACGCGCAAGUCUUCUGCCAAGGAGGAGCCCGCCGAGGUUCACCAGGUGAAGCGCGCCGAGGUUGUCGCGGUGUUCGAGAAGUAUGCACAGGCUAUUCACGCUUCGCGCGAACCUUUGCCCAACCAAACUGGCGAUGGCACAUACCUUAAGCACGACCAGUCCAGUGGACUCAUUGAUGACAUUAAGACCCUCGGUUUCCGCGAUGUCAACACCGUCAAGGAUUUGAUUGCGAACAAGGCUUCCGGUGAAUUGAUUGACGACAAGACCUACCUUAUGGAGCGCAUUAUUCAGCUUGUCGCAGACCUGCCCGGCCACUCUCCCAGACGUGUCGAGCUCACUAACACAUUCCUUGACGAGCUGUGGACCUCUUUGCCGCAUCCCCCACUCUCUUACAUGGGUGAUGAUUACAAGUACCGCACUGCUGAUGGUUCCAACAACAACCCCACACUCCCUUGGUUGGGUGCCGCCAACACCCCCUACUGCCGCACCAUUCCUCCUCUUGCAAUCCAGCCCAGUGGGUUGCCUGAUGCCGGUUUGGUCUUCGACAGCUUUAUGUUCUUCAACUGGGCAUCUCUGGUUAUUCACGACCGACUACCGUCAACCACACCUGAACAAGACCUCCGCUUACCUAGAUCUCUCUAUUCUUAUGGUGAUGUCAAGGAACAGCAGGAUCAAAUCCGUUCCCACAAGGACGGUAAGCUCAAGCCUGAUUGCUUCUCCGAAGGUCGCCUGCAGGCCCUUCCUCCUGCUUGUGGUGUCUUGCUGGUUAUGCUUAACCGAUUCCACAACCACGUUGUGGAGCAGCUGGCCGAGGACGAUCUCGAGAAGGCUUGGGUCGAGUACGACGAGGACCUGUUCCAGACUGGUCGUCUUAUUACUUGCGGUCUGUAUAUUAACAUUACUCUGUACGAUUACUUGCGUACAAUUGUCAACCUGAACCGCACCAACUCUACUUGGUUUAACUUGGCCUACCGCUGGCACUCUGCCAUCGCCGCUGGCGAUGAGAAGUGGAUCGAUCAGGUCUACUUUGACCUCAUGGGCAAGCCCGCUGACCAGGUUACCAUGCCCGAGCUGCUGAUGGGCAUGAAGAAGGUUGAGAACAUGCUUGAUGCUGACCCUUCCAAGCAGGAUGGCAAGUUCAACGAUGAAGAGCUUGUUGCCAUCCUGAAGUCUGCCACUGAGGAUGUUGCCGGCAGCUUCGGACCUCGCAACGUUCACAAGGCUCUGCGUUCCAUUGAGAUUCUCGGUAUGGAGGCUGCCCGUCGCUGGCAGGUUGGUUCCCUCAACAAGUUCCGUAAGCACUUCGGCCUGAAGACCUACGAUCUUUCGAGGAGAUCAACUCUACCCCGAGAUCGCCAACACUCUCGUCAUCUGUACGAGCACCCUGACUUCGUCGAGCUGUACCCCGGUAUUGUCUCCGAGGAGGCCGAGAAGCCCAUGGUUCCUGGUGUCGGUAUUGCCCCUACCUACACUGUCUCGCGUGCUGUCCUGUCCGAUGCCGUGGCUCUUGUCCGUGGUGACCGGCACUACACCAUUGAUUACAACCCUCGCAACCUGACCAACUGGGGUUACAACAAGACCUCGGCCGUGAGCAGGAUUACUCUUUGGGACACUCCUGCCUUCACUCCUUCUCGUAUCAACUUGACCUCUCACGAGUCUGCCAAGCUCGUUAUGGGCAACCAGGCAGACUUCGAGCCCUCUUUCAGUACCGCUUUGCAGGAGCUUUUCGGCAAGGGCGAGUUCGAUACCAAGCAGCAGCAAGCUCUGAGCCAGGCUCUCAGCAAAGAAGAGUUCCCCAAGCUCAUCAAGCAAUUCUACGAGGAGACCACUCUGCACCUCAUCCAGCAGAACGGUGCCAAGCUUGCCAACAUCAACCAGGUUGAUAUCACCCGCGAUACCGAGGAGAACCCCGCCGGUCUCUUCACCGAGCACGAGAUGUACAUGAUCCUCACCACCAUCUUCGCUGCGCCUCUUCGAUGUAGAUGCCCCCAAGUCGUUCUCUCUGCAGCGUGCCGCCACCGCCGUUGCCGAGCAGCUCGGUGUCUUGUUUCGUCCACCGUCGAGGCCGACAGCGACACCGGCCUGCUGUCCGGUCUCAUGAACAACUUCACCCCCCACGAUAACGCUCUCCGUGAGUUCGGUACCGCCGCCCUCCGCAACCUGCAGGAGUCCGGUCUUACCUCUUCCGAGAUCACCUGGUCGCAGAUCAUCCCUACCCUGCGAGGCCGGCAGGAAGCACUGGGCCAGGAUCACUCGUCUCGCCAAGGAGGAUUCCGCCGCGGACGACGAGCAGCUCUACCGCUACUCCCUGGAGGCCAUCCGUAUCAACGGAACCUUUCAGAUGCCUGCGCCAAGGCCCAGACGCCAUUCACCGUCGAAGACAAUGGCAAGACCGUCAGAUCCUGCCCGGCAACAUGGUCUUCGCUUCCUUCGUCGAGGCCAACCACGAUGCCAGCGCCUUCCCGACCCGAGAAGUCAAGCUCGACCGUCCCCUCGACUCCCUACAUCACCCACGGCCGGGGCCCCAACACCGGCUUCGGUCAGGAGAUCACCAAGAUUGCCCUUGUUGCCAUGCUCCGUGUCGUCGGUCGUCUGGAGAACCUCCGCCGCGCCCGCGGUGGCGGGCCAGCUGAGAAGAUCAAGCAGGAUGGUGGCUACUACGUCUACCUGCGCCAGGAUGGCACUUCUUACUUCCCCUUCCCUAUGACUCCACUGGGACGGCGACUUCAGUUCGAGCAGAAGAAGAACUAA